UUCUUCACAGGCGAAAAAACGGAAGCGACAAGAAACUAACGAUUUCAUAGCCGAAAAGGAAAAUAUUAUGAAUUUCACCGAUAUUAAAGAUUUCAUAUAUUAUGCACUUUUAGAACAUAAAAACUUGGAUGAUAACUUAGAAGGACAAGCUUCUUUCCAACUUCAAUUCGAUAUUGACCUAGAUUCUAUUUAUGAGAAUACUUCAACUGAAGAUAUCAUCAAAGAAAAAAAUUCAUAUAUCGCUGAUUUAGUUAUUAAUGAAAUUAGUUGUGGAGAUGGAUAUACCUAUGUAUUUAAUAAGAAAUAUAAUAGUAAAAAUUCCGACUUUACAACAUUAACAUAUUGGUGUAAUGCUCGAAAAGGAUUGAGUAAACCACAAAGAAAGGUUGAGGAUAUUUCAAAGCAACGUAAUAGUGAGCCAUAUAUUGAACGUUAUGAAUGUAAAGGUCUAGUUACAGUUAAAAUUUAUUCGCAAAACAAAGUAACUGUUAAUGUAUCCCAUAAUAUUUUACAUCCACGAUUAGAAAAGAUUAGUGUAACAAAAGAAAUUAAAAGCUACAUAAAUUCUUGCAUCGGACAAAGUGUACCAAACAUUUAUCAGUCGAUUAAGGACCAACGUAUAAAUGGAUAUGAGUUUCUAACAAUUAAGCAGGUUUAUUAUUGGUGGUCAUCUAUCGUGCAAGUUGAAUAUCGAUAUUGUGAUGAUGAACUUGCUUCAGCAAGAACUUUUUUACAAAAGCAAAAUCAAAAAAUUCUUUUUUUUGAAGAUUAUG